ACGUUUAAAUUUUUUCAAACCAAUACCAUUCUUCUCUUUUUUUUUCUUGUUUUUUUUUUUUCUUGUUUUUUUGUUUUUUUUUUUUUUGUUUUGUUUUUUUGGACCCCCUACUUAAUUCCAACCGAUUAUAGAAAUAAACGGGAUCGUUCGAUAGAGGAUCAAAAUGUUUUUAUUUCGAAUUUGAAUGAUUACGAAUUGUAUACAUGGCUUUUUAAUCGCUUUUAAAAAUUGCAUAAUAAUUACAGAUGACAGUACUUUUGUCAAUUGAGUUGGUAAACGCAAUUGAAGAUGGUCGAAAACGAAUGACAAAUGUCAUUCUAAUUUGUCAAAAGAUAAUAUUAUAUUCGAAAAACUUUUAUAUUGUUUUUAAUUAAAGUUCUUGGAAAGAUUGCUCUCCAUAGCCGUUUUUAUGGCCUUUUAUAAAUGUUUGUGUUUUAAUUAUAAUUGUAAGAAAAUCGAAUACAAAUACAAUAUCAAUGAUAUAAUAUAUAACCUCAAUGGCGAGGUUUCUGGCUAAGUAAGUGCGUAAUUAAACAUCCUUGAGGAGCGUCAUUAUUCUUCAGUCUUCUUCGUCAGUAAUAUGUGCCGAAAUACAAAUAGUUUAUAAACAUUUUAUUUCAACAAACAAUAUGUCUAGUACGUGGUAUCAACAAGUGUUUGCCCUAGAUGCCAAAUACAAUGCACAACGUGCAAAUAAAUUGCCUACAUUAGGCAUGCUUUAUAUUCGUAGACGAAAUCAAUUAUUGAGAGAAAAACCAUUUAAGGAGGACGAUAUUCGUACACAGUACUUGAAAUUACGUUCAGAUUUAUUAUAUAAACGAUAUGGAGAGAAUAUUGAUCAAAAUAACAUUAUGAACAAUUCUUUACAAGAAGAAACUUCAGAGAAUGUACCAAAAUCUCAUUUUGUUCAAAAGAAAUCAACAGCAGAGAAUUUUGCUUUUGCUGGAGUUCAUCACGCUUUCGAUCAACAUACUGCAGCUGUAAUAAUGCUUAAAUUUGCCAAUAAUGAUAGAUCCAGAUUAGGAUGUGCAUCUUUAGAUGGAACUCUAUCGAUAUGCGAAGUUGUUAACACACCACCACAAGUAUUUGCUGUACUUGAAGGUCAUCAGAAAGGAGUUACAGCUUUUGAUUGGAGUAUCAGCAAUGAUUUGAUAGUAUCAUCUUCUCUGGAUGCUACUAUACGUCUUUGGAAAGUACAUGCAGAACCUAAGUGUUUACGAGUGGUUAAAGAUCCACAAAACGCAGAAAUUUUUUGUUGUGCAUUUAUACCAGCUAAUAAUAAUUUAGUAGUUACUGGUAAUUCACACGGGUUGAUUCAAAUUUUAAAUGUAUCAACAGGAAUCUAUACACGUGGUGGUUCAUGCAAACUUGGGGAAAAGAUUUUAUCAUUAACUUGUGAAGAAAGUGGUGGCUCAUUGAUAUGGGCAGGAAGCGAUAGAGGUACUAUUACUUCAUUACAAUUAGAGGCUAGGACAGGAAGGCUUUCAAAAUUGCAAAGAGUUCAGAAAUUAAAUAGUAUGAUAACCAGCCUCUCUUGGCGUUCUUGGCAUUCGAAAGAAAUACCAUGGCCAGUCUUUUUAGCAAGUACCGCUUGCAAUGCAGUAUUAUUGUAUCGCGUUGCUGAUAAUCAGGGUUCUCUGAAAUUAUUGAAAAAAUAUCCUAUUAAGCACAGACUUCAUUGUAUAAGAUCUACAUUUUGUCCCCAAAUGGGAGCUUGUUUAAUAGCAACUGGUUCAGAAGAUGGUGCAAUUCAUCUUUUUGAUUCUUCCAAAGAUGGUAAAGCUGCAAGAGUAAAUCUACUUCAUGGUCAUGCAAGACCUGUACUUGCUCUUUCGUUUAAUUAUGACGAAUCAUUUCUCGCUUCUGGAGAUCAUCAAGGACUUGUUAUUUUAUGGCGCAAUCACCAACGCCAUUUGUAGUCAUUAUUCACUUAAUUAAUUAAUUUUGAUUUCUGUUUAAUUAUUAAUACAUUGCAGUAUAAAACUGAUAGGAGAAAGAGCAAUUUAUUGCUUGCUAAAUAAGUAUUAAUAAUUAUAUAUAUAUAUAUAUAUAUAUUACGGAUGUAUGUAUAUAUAAUUAUUAAUACAUAUAUAUAUAUAUAUAUAUGUCUCAAAAAUAUGUACAGUAUUUGAUUAAAAGUACAACUAACUCAAACAGUGAAAAACUUAGAGUAGUAGAUAAUUUAUUUUUAAACAUUGUAAUUAUAUACAAAAGAAAAUAAGCAAGGAUGACAAGAUCCUUCAAAAUGUUUUUCACCUAAAAUAGUAUACUAUUAAUUUACACUUUAUGCAAUACUUUUCUGAGAUUCGUUACAAAAUUGAUCGAAAUACAACUAUAUAUCUCGUUCUCAUCACAGAUCUAUUAAUAAUACAUAGAGAUUAACACUAUCACGUGGUUUUGUAUAAACUGAUUUGUCAAAUAUAAUAAUAUUUUGCCGUUGCUAAAAAUAAGCGUUAAGUCAUGGUAUAAUUCUUUUUGCAAUGCUGUGAUGCUUAAAAGAAAUACUUUACCCUAGAAAUAAUAAUAUCAAGAAAAACAUAAGAGUGACGUUAAAUAGAUAAAUGAGCAUUGAUUGUGAUUGACUGGGUAAAGUGUAGUGAAAUUUUCAUUAGGCUGCUAUUGUUGGUAAAGACUAUCGUCCAUUAGUUGAUUAAUUGUAUGUUCAAAUAUAAUUUUUAUCUUUUGUAUUAUUUAAAGAUGAUUGAUAUUAAAUCAUGUAUUAGCAAAAUAUUGCCAACACAAGAUUUAUAUCACAUCAAUUAAUCAACUAUUAGACUAUCAUCUAAAUAUAUAAAUAUUUACAUGUAUUACAAAGUUACUUAUGAUAAUUCUGUCAUAGCAUAAACAAAUCUGUCGCUGAUAUGAAAUACUGUGGAUAUAAAGCCAGUAAUAUUAAUUCGCGCAACACAUUUGAUAUUAUGCUACAGCACCUUAUAAACAUAUUAUAACACAUUUUCUCUUUGUACAUUAUAUGUAUGCAAUCAUGCAACUACAUAUGUUGAUAAAUUCUAACAAAAUUUUAUAUUUCUUUCUAAUAACAAACUAUGUUCAGCAAUUUGUUAACUAGACAUGAUCAUUAUUGCACAAAAUCUUGAAUUUAAAUGUUAAUUCCAUUAUAUAACACUCGCUUAAGUAUGCAAAUGAUUUAUGUAUACUGUACAUAAGCACUGAAUAGCCCUUUUUUCACUAUCAUUGUUACUCGAUAAUAUUAUAAUUUUUCCUAUUGAAAUUUAAAGCCUGUAAUGUCAAGACUGAAACAAAUAGAAAUGAUACUUAUAAAAUAGGCACAAAAUUGCUCGAUGAAUGAAAGGCUAAAGAGCUGUCCACUGCUCAAAUGUUACAGUACUUUGUUGACUUUUUUUACUGUAUCAUUUGGCAGAGUUUAUUAUAGUCACAGUAUCGAUUACUUGCGACUAUAUUUCGUUUCUUGCUUUUUUUUUUCUUUUUUUUUCUUUUUUUUCUUUUUUCUUUUUUUCUUUUUUUAAGUAUCCUAUAUCCGAAUCAAUCCAAAAGCCCACAUCGGUGUAUACUCUGUACAUUUUGCUUUUGUUACAUUUACAUUUUAAUACUAAUUUUUAUAUAUACAGUCAUAAAAUAUCAAUAUUGCGACAAUAUCAAUCUCGUCGGCACCAAUUGCACCACUGCACUUCCACAAUGAAUUGUUUCGGACGGACUUCAAUUAAACUGAUUUCCUCAAAAUAUCAUUGUGCACUAUAAAUUGCUUCAGUCAAGCGUUAGAACGCUACAUUAUUAGCAGACUCAAUUUUCUUUUCAUUGUCAUUUUGAUAAAUUUUUGGCGAAAUUGGAUCAUUAUCUAUUUCACAUUGUAAAUCCUCCUGAGGCACCUUUGGCGAAGUAUUGUCAUCUACCAAAUUUGACAAAUUACAUUGGUCUUCCGUUACUUUCAUAUUUUCCAGCAAAUCUAACGUAUGCGCUUUUUCAGUUCUUAAUAGAUCUUCCUUAUCUUCAUAUACUUGUUUCAGAGGAACAAAAGUGGUAUCUACUGCAUUAUUCCCUGCUAAUAAAUUUAAUUUUAGGCGGUCUCUGGUAUGCCUUAAUUCUCCUAGUUGAUAUUGUUUAAAAUGUUCAUGCUCAUUUGUCUGGCUAUUAUUAGUACAUUCUUCUUCCUGAUUGCAGUCUACUUCGUCUUGUUCUUCUUCAUUUACUGAUGCGGAACAAGCGCCAGGAAAGAAUUGACUAACAUAUUUACUAUCGCUGGUUGGAAAUUGAAACGGACGAUUUGAACUACUCACAUAAAAUUCUUCAUUUCCUAUAAAUAGAGAAAUAUAUAAAUUCAUAAAAUUUUUGUAAACGACCAAUGUAAUAAUAAAUUUCAUCCAUACCAGCUCGAUUUAUAUCCUCGUAAUCCAAGGGAUACAUAUCUAAUCUUGGCUCAUUCAUUAGUUCCUCCCAAUCUGUACAAUAAUUACAUUGUUUCGAUGGAUUGUGAAAAUAUAUAAAUAUCUUAAUCUUAAUUUUUAUUUGUAUUGAUUUUAUUUUCUAAUAUAAAAUAAAAAGAUUUACCUGUA